ACAACAGAAGCUUUUACACUCAUUCUGCUUUGGGUGUUAGAGCUGAAAGGUCCUAAAAUUAAAAAAAAAAAACUAAAAAUAAGAAAAUCAAAAAUAAUUUGCCAUGUCAAGCGUUAUUAAGAAAGUUAUUCCGAUGCUGGAUCGCAUUCUGAUCAUGCGCGCUGAGGUGAAGACAACCACAGCUGGUGGCAUUCUUCUUCCAGAGGAGUCCGUUCCCAAGGAGAUGGAAGGUGUCGUUGUUGCCGUGGGACCCGGAGCUCGCAAUCCAGCCGGAGCUGGUCAUCUUCCAGUGGCCGUGAAGGAAGGAGAUCGCGUUCUCCUGCCCAAAUACGGAGGCACCAAGGUGGACAUGGAUGACAAGCGUGAAUACGUGUUGUUCCGCGAGGGUGACAUUCUGGCUAAGCUAGAGUAAGAGUUUGUCAAGCGAUAUUCGAGUUUGAGGCCGCCAUACACUAAACACAGCUAUACACGAAGGAAAAGAAUCUAAAUGCAUCUCCACAACCACACACAAAAGAGGUUAAAAAAGACAGCUGCGUUCGAAACUAAAUGAUUGAUGAAAUGUUGUAUUUGGUAGCUAAACACGAAACGGCGACAAUUCCAAUAUUACAAUAUUCAAUACAAUUAUAAACAUUUAGUUAGUAAGUACACGAAUAAUAAACAAUUGUUCCCUUUUGCGUUCGAAAGCAUGAA